AUGGUGGAACGUUUCCAUCGCCAGCUAAAGACCGCCCUGCGUGCCGUAGAAGACCCAGGAAACUGGUCGGACAACCUUCCUCUUGCACUCCUCGGCAUCCGCGCAGCUCUGAAGUCGGAUCUGGGCUGUAGCGCAGCUGAAUUGGUUUUCGGCACUACCCUCCGACUGCCAGGCGAGAUGAUCACCCCAACCUCUCGUGGAGCCGACGAGACUCCUGACAAUCUUGUGCACCGUUUGCGGCAAUUUAUGCGCUCGCUUUCCCCGGUUCCACCUCGAUCUCCAAUGACUGAGUCUUAUGUCGAAAAAGACUUGGACAACUGUACUCAUGUGUUCGUCCGGUGUGACCGUAUGCGCCAGCCGCUGGAAUCACCAUAUGAAGGACCGUUCCGCGUGCUCGCGCGCAACACCAAGACCUUCCGGAUUCUUCGCAGUGACAAGGAGGACGUGGUCAGUGUCGAUCGGGUCAAGGCUGCUGUUGCAGAGGAGCCGCCGGACCUGUCACAAGGACAAACCUGUGCUGACCCCCUAACCCCUGUUCCUCCAUCUUCCCUAUCCCCUACUCGUUCACCCUGCCCACUGCCUUGCCCUUCCCCUCCCUUGCCCUCUACCCCUCCGUCCCGCAUACUUCCUCUCCCUACAUGUCGACAGCAUCCAACUGCAACACCAUCGUCCACCACAGCACGCAGUCAACCCUCUUCGACUGUACCUCCUCCAUACAUAACUCGCAGUGGCCGUCACGUUCAUUUUCCCGAUCGUUUAGUUACCCAUUUUUUCUAG